CAUUGACCAAAAAAAAAUAUCGGAAAUACACCCAUUGACACAUAUACACACAAAGCAUCCAGCCAUCCACGCAGUUUUCUCUUUCCUCACACAUCAAACUAUUAAAGUUUGCAGCAGAAGAAAUUGCAAAAAAACUGUAAAAAAAACCUCAAUCAAACCUUAAUAAUUUUCAUGGCUUCCAAAGACAAGAAAACAACGAGAUCUGUUAGCGGUGGUAGUCGACCCGCUGGUGGGAUUCGAACACUCGCCGACUUGAAUCGUCGCUCAAGUCCUGACUCUGAUAGCGACUCUGAUAACGCCCCACAAGAGUAUUACACUGGUGGUGAAAAAAGUGGAAUGCUGGUCCAAGAGCCACCCAAGGGUAAUGAUGUGGAUGCGAUUUUUAACCAAGCGAGGCAACUAGGUGCUGUUGAAGGUCCUCUGGAGAACCUGCGCCCUUCUAGCUCAAGCUUCACUGGUACUGGAAGAACACUUGCAUCUGGGGAGGCAGUAGCUGCUGGCUCUCAGCCAGCUGAGCCAGUUGUCCACAACAUUGUUUUCUGGCAGAAUGGAUUCACUGUAAAUGAUGGUCCCCUCAGAAGGUUGGAUGACCCUGAAAAUGCAUCAUUCAUAGAGAGCAUUGGAAAAUCUGAGUGCCCAAAAGAGCUUGAACCUGCAGAUAGAAGGUCUUCAGUGCAUGUAAAUCUCAUCAGAAGGGAGGGAGUCGACUGUCCUGAACCUGAGAAGCGGACUGUUGCAUUUCAAGGUGUUGGAAGAACCCUUGGCGGCAGCACUUCCUCUGCAGCAUCCGAGCAAACUGCUCCUCUCAACUCUGCCCCACCCCCUUCUGCUGGCCUGGUUGUGGAUCAGAGCCAACCUUCGACCCCCAUUCAGCUCAGGUUAGCAGAUGGGACUCGCAUGGUGGCCCAUUUUAAUUACCACCACACAAUCAAUGAUAUCCGCGCCUUCAUUGAUGCUUCACGGCCAGGAGGAAGUAGAACUUACCAGCUCCAAACUGUCGGAUUUCCUCCCAAGCCACUCAGUGAUCUGAACCAGACAAUAGGGCAGGCUGGUCUUGCUAAUUCAGUUGUUAUGCAGAAACUAAGCUAAGGUAGCGUUGCAUAUUCCGGUUGGGAUUAAAUGUUUCAAAAUGGACAUGUUAUGCCAAAUAUGAACAUACCUGGCCUUUUGUGCACUUUUUAUGCGUCUGGGUGAACUGCUGAAUCAUCCUUGUCGAAAAGGUGAAUCAAGUCGUUUGUGUGGGAAACGAUGAGUAUAUGGUUAUAUGACAGUUUAGAGCUGGUAAUUGUCUAUGCAUUUUUAAUUUUUUGCACUUUCCUGAUGUUACAUUCUACCAUCUUACAGUAUUUUUAUAUAGUUGUAAAAUGCUUUGAAAUUUUCUUAGUGAAAGGGGAUACAUCCAAAUUCAACGCUUCUAUCAGGUUU